CAUUCUCUCUCCCCCUCUCUCUCUCCUCCAAAAGCAUGACAUAACGAACAAAAAUCCCAGCGCGAAAAUCUUCCAUUGGAAAUCACUGAAAGAACAAAACCGUUUUCACCAUUUUUUAUCCGUAGGACCCAAAACUCUGAUUUACGCAUGGUCUUGAGUUUCUUCGGUUGGCAUGGGGGCUUUGCAUGAUUUGGUUUCUUGAUUCCUUUACAUUCGUUGGAUUCUUGCAAAACAUAUUGCAUUCAGGUCAGCGACAUUGAGUUUUAUAUCUAAGAUUCGAUUAGUAUUGAUUCUGUAUACGUAUCAUGGUCACGUUCCAAUCCCGAUUCUGAGCUUUCUAGAUUGAGAAAACAUUGAGGCUUAUUGACGAAACUGUACAUGAAAGGCUUUUUGAGAAGAAGGAGGACUAGGUUUUUUUCUUGUUGUAGAGACUUGAAGGAUUUUUAUUUAAGUUUGAUCAAAUGAGAAGGAAAAUAUGUGGCGGUUUGAGUGAUUUGGAGAACAUGCAAUGGGAUUGAGAAGGGCAGGCUAUGCAGUUGUUUUCGUGAUUUUGCUUUGUACAUUGUCAAUAAGAGGUUCAGACGUGAAGAUCAGAGAGAUAGCAGUAACAUUCUUUAGCAAUGCAGAUUCCCCAGAGACAGAUGGUAACAUGGUGGAAAAGAUAUGGAUUCGUUGCAGGAAAGAAUUGAUAGACAGGAAAGAGACUCUUAAAGAACUUGAAUUGUCUAUCCUUCAUGAAAUAACAAGGGAUAUAAUACCAGCAUUUUCGACAAAUGGAAACAUAGACAGAUCUUUGAGAGUUCUACCUCCCCAUGUGAGACAAACAGUUUUGGAUUGCUUAAGAAGAAAAAGUCUUUUGUUUCAUGGACCUAGCAAAGGGGCUUGCUCCGAGAAUGGGAUCAUUAAUUGUGUUGAGUGGCUUUUCAGUUGGCCUAAUGUCCCUAGAAGAUAUCUGGUUAGUAAGUCAAGUCGAAUGAAACCACCAAGCCCUGCUCCAGCUCCUAUCCCAGCAUCAACAUCUCCUAGGAGCGGACUGGCACCAUAUAAUCAAGUACCUGCCAGUGCUCCAUCUCCAAGUCUAGGGGCACCUGUUGGGGCACUAGAAGAGACAUCUUUUUCACCAGAUAUUAUUGACCCAAUUGCUCCACCUCCUCCUCAUAAAAGUUCUCCGCCUGUUCACCAUGUUGUUCCACAAAAGUCACCAAAAAAGCAUGAUAGCAGUCAGAAGGAAAAAAUAGUCCUUAUUACUGCCACUGCAGCAGGAGUCCUUGCCUUUGUUGCAUUGCUCCUACUUUGUUGUCUGAAGGGUAGUAACAAAAAAAAUGGUGCAAAAGAUGGAAAAAGAGAUGAAAAGCCUCUUCUCAUGUUAAGCAUGAGCGACUUUUCUGCUGGUUCCUCACAAAAUUCUGUUAGUCCAGGAAAUUCAAGUAGGAAAGAUUUCAUUUUUGACAGUGGAAAGAGUCCUUUCCUUAUCAAUAUGUCUUUGAAGCAUGGUAACAAUGACCCAUCACCAGCUGGGGCCCCAGCAUCAGAAGGUGCAGAGCCAGCACCGUUUCCGCCUUUAAAACUUCCACCUGGAAGAUCAGCUCCUUCGCCUCCAGCUCCACCAAGUACACGACCUACUCCUCCUGCUCCUCAGCCCCCACCACCUUCUAAAGUUGGUCGACCUCCACCUGCUCCGCCAAAACCGAGUGGGAGAAAUCGACCUUCAUAUCUUGGGCCACAUCGUCAAGGAAACAAUGGUUCUAGUGAGGGAUGUGAUCUUGAUGGGGAAUCUGAAGCUCCAAAAGCCAAGUUAAAGCCAUUUUUCUGGGAUAAGGUUCUUGCCAACCCUGAUCAAUCAAUGGUCUGGCAUGAGAUCAGUUCUGGAUCAUUCCAGUUCAAUGAAGAGAUGAUAGAGUCUCUAUUUGGUUAUACCAAUAUCGAUAAAAAUAAAAUUGAGCGCAAGAAAGAGUCAACUUCACUUGAACCUACCCAGUAUAUUCAGAUUAUUGAUCCUAAAAAAGCACAAAAUUUGUCGAUUCUUUUACGAGCACUGAAUGUGACAACAGAAGAAGUCCUUAGUGCUCUUCAAGAAGGAAAUGAGCUUCCCGUGGAACUCCUUCAAACUUUGCUGAAGAUGGCACCAACAACAGAAGAAGAACUGAAGCUCAGGCUAUUCAGUGGUGAUCUUUCUCAACUGGGCCCUGCAGAGAGGUUCCUUAAAGUCUUGGUUGACUUCCCUCUAGCAUUUAAACGAAUUGAGUCACUUUUGUUUAUGAGUUCAGUUCGAGAGGAGGUCUCUACUGUUAAAGAGUCCUUGGAAACUUUAGAGGUUGCCAGCAAAAAACUAAAAAGCAGCAGGCUAUUCCUAAAACUCUUAGAAGCAGUUCUUAAAACCGGAAACCGCAUGAAUGAUGGUACCUACAGAGGUGGUGCCCAAGCGUUUAAGCUUGACACACUCUUGAAAUUGUCUGACGUAAAGGGAACUGAUGGCAAGACCACACUACUUCACUUUGUUGUCCAAGAGAUCAUUCGUUCUGAAGGCAUACGAGCAGUCCGUACAGCCAGAGCAAGCCAGAGCACCUCUAGCAUGAAAACAGAUGAUUUUGCGGAGGACUCCACUGAAGAAUCAGCAGAGCAUUAUCGUAACGUUGGUCUUCAGGUGGUUUCAGGUUUAAGUGGUGAACUUGAAGAUGUCAAAAAGGCAGCAUUCAUAGAUGCUGAUAGCCUAAAUGCUACAGUGUCAAAACUGAACCAAUCAAUGAAAAAAACAAAAGAUUUCCUAUAUGCUGAGAUGAAGAGUUUGGAUCAUGAAGAGAGUGAAUUCCAUCGUGCACUGGCCAAUUUUGUGGAGUGUAUGGAAGCUGACAUUUCAAGGUUACUGGAGGAAGAAAAGAGAAUAAUGGCUCUGGUGAAAAGUGCUGCAGAUUACUUCCAUGGUAAAGCAGGAAAGGAUGAAGGCUUGCGGUUGUUUGCAAUUGUACGUGAUUUCUUGAGAAUGUUAGAUAAGGCAUGUAAAGAGGUUAGGGAUGCCGGCAUGAAGCCGUUGAGGACUCCAAAGAAAGAGGCUCCAUCAGCGUCUUCUUGUAAAGAAAUUCAUCAGCAAUCUUCAGAUAUACGUCAACGACUAUUUCCGGCGAUAGUGGAGCGGCGAAAGGACGACUCGAGUUCAGAUGACGAGAGUCCCUCUACCCUGUAGGUUCAUUGUGUCCAAAUUGUCUUCCUUUUAUGAGUUUGCUUCUCAAACUACCGUUCAGGUUUUUUUUUUUUUUUUUUAAUAAUAAUGAAGAAAAUAACUAUUA